AUCUGUGGAGAUAAGAGGGAUAGAUAAAGUGAGGCACAAAAGACAGCCACGUAGCAGAUAGGGUCACGUUAUUUCCACAAGCUCCCAUUAUUAAUCAUCAACAACACACACCAGAGCCAGUUUCUUCUUGUAACAAGUCAAGUAUUGUAGUAAUGGCAACCGCACCAGCAUUCUCCGGCGCCACCGUCAGCACCUCCUUCCUCCGUCGGCAGCCGGUGGCGGCAUUCCCGAAUGUCGGGCAGGUUAUGUUUGGCGUGAAAGGUGGCUCACGCGGUGGUCGUGUAACCAUGGCUGCUUACAAGGUGAAGCUCAUCACCCCAGAGGGACCGCAAGAGUUUGAGUGUCCAGAUGAUGUUUACAUUCUGGACCAGGCGGAGGAAGUAGGCAUUGAUAUUCCUUACUCAUGCAGGGCUGGUUCUUGCUCUUCCUGUGCCGGCAAGGUUGUAGAAGGUGCAGUGGACCAGUCUGAUGGUUCGUUCCUUGAUGAUGACCAAGUUGAAGGAGGCUUUGUUCUCACUUGCGUUGCUUACCCCAAGUCUGAUGUUGUUAUUGAGACUCACAAGGAGGAAGAGCUCACUGGUUAAUUCAAUAUUGCUUUUAAGUUUCUUCUUCCUGUUCCUGUUCCUGUUCCUCUCUCUUUCCCAUGUCUGUUGCAUUUAAUUUUGUGAGUGACUUAUGGAUUUAUUAUUCCUACCCUUGUAGUGACAACAAAGUGAACUUGGUGCAGCUCUAAUUAUGUUUUGCUUAAUUACUGUUACUGCUCAUAGUUCUCUUUUCUGCCUUCAAUAAGGAUUCUGAGUUUCCCUAUAAUUUACAUCAAUGCAAUAUAUUUUGUGCUUUCUGCA